AUGAACUGCGAGGUGUGCCAUCUGAAGGAACUGGUGAGCUUGAUGUUUAAUCCAUAUUCUGUGUUAUGUAAAGAUCAAAUUCGCUAUUCGAAUCUGUGAUAUCUUUUUGAAGGGAAGAUUAGCUUCGAUCCAAUAAUUCAUGUCCGUGUCCUGGCGUGGGGGGAUUUCCCUUUGUGAACAUCGUUGACCGACCGUGUGGUUUGCCAAUGCAGGAGGUGGAGUUGUUUCAGGUCAGAGAAGUACUUCGCUGUAAGUUCCUUCGCAGACCAAUUCUUCGCAAUAGAUAUUUCUAUUGGCUUCAGUUGUAUGAGCCAAGAGAACAACUGAAUGUACCGUACCUUUUCAUGUGCUAAAUUAUUUUAUACGAGCUCUAUCUCAGAGAAGGAGAGAAGUUUUAUUUUUCCAUACCAGUAUCAGUUCAUUAAUGCUUUAUAUUAAUAUAUUCAAUUUUGACAUCUCAUGUGGACAAUGUUUUUCCGCCAUUAUCAUUCCUCAAGAUAAGUCUUCCUGGCCAUGACGCGGCGAUGAAAUUUAUCAGUUGCUUUCAGUUGAAGUUUUAAUAUGAUCGUGAUUACUAAUAAUAUUUUUAUUUUUCUUCCUGGUUGAAGGGGUUGUUUCAAUUGGCAACUAACGAAAUGUUAGUUUCUCCUGUAAAUCCUAGAAAUGCUAUAGGAAAUGUCUAAAUUUUCAUUGUAGGUAGAGUAACAGCUGUGGAAAUUUAAAUUUAUGUCUGAUUUUUAUACAUUCUAUGGUGGAAAAAUGGUUCUUUAUGUUCCUUGUCAGUUUCAUGCACUUGCUUUUCUCUCCACAUCAUAGACAUCCUACAUGCAGUACUGACUAACAUACUUUCAAACAUAGAUUUUUUUUUUUGGAUGUUCCUCUCUCUCUCUCUCUCUCUCUCUCCAUAGAUUAUAUGUACGACUGAUACCUCUGGCAUUCUUUUUCCCACAUUUAAAUGUUUAUACGAUGCAAAUCAUUUUGCAGGCAUACUGCAUACAAUCUUUUUUCAUAGAGCUUUGAGUCUUGUUCGGCCAAAAGAUGUUGACUCUGAACUUUUUGAUAUUACUUAUGUAAGUGAAUUUCAAAUGUUACUUAUCUAAGUAAUGAGUAGUAAUGAGUACCCUGUCGAUUCGUUUUGUCAGUAGGUCUAUCGUGCUCUUGAGUGAUGUUAAUCAGUAUUCAUUUUGCAUUGUAAUGGAACUGGCAAAAAAACCAGAAUGCUCCCUUUUUUUUUUUUGUUCAUAGUGGUGCGUUGACCUAAUGAUGGAAAUGUUGCAAUCAUCUACUUUUGCAGCACGUCUCUAGUUUUUCUUGAGUUAUUCUGCAUAAUUUCUCCUUAUGCUUCUCAAAUAUUCAAGUUGCCUUUUCGUUGCACUGGUAAUUGAUAACUGUACUUCUAAAGUGUUCACUGGCUAACACCCUUGCUUCCAUCAUAUAUAAUUCAUGCACCUAUCAUCUUCUUUGACCAGGUCCCCAGCUUUAUGUGGUUACUCAUUCUUGUGAAGUCUUCGUCCUGUUAAGGGUCAGAGAUUAAAAUGUUUGGUGGAAUCUCCCAUUGAUUAUACUUCUCGGAGGCUUCCCUUUCAUAUUUAUCUUUUUGACAUUUGAGACGGUGCUUUCGGUGUUGGCAAUAUUGCAUUUGUAGUUCCCGAGUCAUCUCCUCGCUUCUUUGCAUAUUGUCAAUUUUCUGGUUGUUUAUCUCAUUCAGGUACAAUUUAUUGUCCUAAUGUUGCAUGUUAGUAUCUUUUCCUUUUAUGCUUCCCAAGAAAACUGAGAUUUUACAGGAUUGCUUCCUAGAGAGAAUCAGAUGGGACAAGCAACAUCAAAAGUAGUCUCUAAAAUAAAUCCUGAUGAACGAUAAACGAAGAAAUUUAUUUUAUUUGAAAUUUCUAGCUGAUAUAAAUUUUCUUUGCAUGAGGAAACAAUGGUGCCUUGGUUGACCUGUAACUUGGAUCUGCUUUCCAAGCUAUCAUGUUUAUACCGAGAUGGCUGCACCUCCUCUCCUCUUCGGGCAUGGUUUGCAUGUCAUUUUCUUUCGCAUGGGCAUCAUCCUAUCUUGGUCUAGGACAGGGAUAGAGUUCUUUAAAGCUAAUUUUUUUGUAUAGUUUAACUGGGUGGCAUGGUCCUAAAGGACUUCGCAGGUAGGAGGACUCAGUUCAUACCCCUGUAGAGAUGCUCAGACUUACUGGGGCAUCCAAAAUGUAUGAAGUAUUCCCUCGUUGAUGGAGCUUAAAUAUCUCAGGCUUCAAUCCACGAGCAACUCUUUUGAUCAGUUGUGUCGAUUGAUUAUCCUCCAAGAGAAUAUAUAGUGAUGCUAGUUACACGGCCCACUGGCCGUGGGGUUUUUGACUUACUAACCUUGCAUCAGGAAUGUUAUGAACACGGCCGUCCAAAGUGGGGGAGAUUGCCCUGUGGGGAACAUGUUUCAACCUUGUAGAAAGGUUUCUUAUUACUCUGUGAUACGAUGACUAAGGUAGGCAACAGGUGAACACACCGAGAGGUAAAGUUUGAGAGAACUUUCAAUCCAUGGCCUAAGAGACGCUUUGCUAAUUCGUUCCAGAUCGAAAUCACCCCCGCUCCUUCCUCUUGGAGAAUCUGGAUCAGCAUGUCGAUUAUAUUUUUGGCCGUUUAUAGGAAAAAAACGUCGCUGUUUUCUUGCUUAAACCCGUUACACUUUCCUGAUGAAGUUUUUGCAACAGGUUCAAAGUGGAGAUGCUGAAUUUGAGAAGAAUCUAGAGGAAAAGGUCGACCAUUUCUAUUCAUGGCUGGAGAAGCAUCCAAAUAAGAAAGGACAGGUUAAUGAUUUAUUUUUUUAUAUAUAAAUAUGGAUGAUUUCUUGUCCAAUCCGUGAAUAUUCAAAUAUAUAUUUUUUCUAUUUAAGUUACUUGCCUCGAUUGAAAUUGCAAAUUCGCAUUUAUUCCUUAGCGAAGAAGAAGACAGGCAAGGCCCAUAGGAGAGGCAUGUCUGAGUUCUAUAAUUACUAUGAUGCUGAACAGAUGCCUGCUGCACUUCAAACAUCCCCUCUAUAUAUAUACUAUAUACAUAUAUAUAUAUAUACACAUAGCGAGAGAGAGAGAGAGAGAGAGAGAGAGAGAGAUUGCUGAGAAAUGUAUGAUGUGAAAUAAUAUAUCUUCUGUGGUAGACCAUUAUGGAUUCAUGUUUCAAUUGCGCUUGCGCAGGUGCUUUUGUCCUUCUAUGAGGUGAAGAACAAACAGGCGUCGUGGUUCACUGACAAGGUGGAGCGCCUCUACUGGGAGCAAUGGUACAUAAAUGUCAACGUCUCCCGCCCCAAGCCACGUGGAGGGCAGCCGACUCCAAAAACCAGUCAACCUCAGGGAGGUACUUACCGUUUCCCUAAGAGUCCCAUCCCCUCAGGAUCUCCCCCUCUCAAGCCCCUCUUUACCCGCAGAAGAAGAAGCCCAUCGUGUAGAACCCGGCUCCUCUAUCGCUGCGCUGGAGUCGUCUCUCCGGGAGGUCUUGUUUCAGAUCGUAAGAUUCGUCGACGAGAAGAAGGAUCACAUCCCUCCGGUGCCCAACCUCGAGGGCGUCUCUUUCCCUUAUGAGAUCACGAUCCCCAGGUUCGGACGCCCUCACCCUCACUGCUACUACGACGACGACGACGAUCGCUGCUCUGUGAAAACACUGUGAUUUCAUUUUUAUUUAUUUAUUUUUAUUCGAUUAUUGCGGCGCAUUUUCCGUUGUCGAGUGCUGAUCUUCGUCUCUGGGAUGUGACUGGGCAGCCGCUCCGACACAUCGUCGUCCUUCGGCGUGGACAUGAUCAAGAGGCUACUCAGGUCUGGCCAUCCCUCCAUGCUCAGCUGA